GUUUCAACAAACAAACAAACAUUUUCCUCCACAUUUGCUUGGAACUUGAAAACGCAGACUUAGACUAGUUUAUAUCAGUCUUCAGUCUUCCUUCUCUCUGCUUUUCUCUGUUUGGAUUGUUAAGAAAGACAGGUUUCUGAGGAUGAAUGGACAUGGACUUGGGGGUGAGAGAGCUCCUCUGUUGGAUCGUGGUGGAAGGAGAAAGAGAAAUGAUGCUUCAUCAAAUGAUGAAUUGACAGACCUUGAGCACGGGGAUGCAGUACCGGCUGCAAACGUGGGGUUCUGUAGAGUACUUGCACUUGCAAAACCUGAUGCGGGGAAACUGAUAAUUGCCACAGUAGCUCUAUUGAUUGCAUCCUUGUCUAGUAUCUUGAUUCCGAAAUUUGGUGGGAAAAUAAUAGACAUUGUCUCUGGAGAUACUGGAACACCUGAACAGCAAGCUGCAGCUUUAAACGCAGUCAGGGACACCAUCCUUGAGAUCUUUCUUAUUGUUGUUGUUGGGUCAGUUUGCACAGCACUGCGAGCAUGGCUGUUUUCUUCUGCAAGUGAAAGGGUUGUUGCUAGGCUGAGAAAGAGUUUAUUUAGCCACCUCGUUAGCCAGGAAAUCGCCUUCUAUGAUGUUACUAGGACAGGGGAGCUUCUAAGCAGGCUGUCUGAAGACACACAGAUCAUAAAAAAUGCUGCAACCACCAAUCUGUCGGAGGCCCUUAGAAAUUUAUCAACUGCAUUUGUUGGCCUUGCCUUCAUGUUUGCAACAUCAUGGAAGUUGACAUUGUUGGCUCUGGCUGUUGUGCCUGCUAUUUCCAUUGCUGUUCGUAAGUUUGGUCGCUUCCUUCGUGAGCUUUCUCACAAGACUCAAGCUGCAGCUGCAGCAGCUGCUUCAAUUGCUGAGGAAUCUUUUGGUGCUAUUCGCACAGUAAGAUCUUUCGCGCAAGAAGCUCAUGAGAUAUCACGGUACUCAGAGAAAGUUGAUGAGACACUGAAGCUUGGAAUUAAACAAGCUAGAGUGGUUGGCCUAUUCUUUGGAGGUCUGAAUGCUGCAUCUACAUUAUCAGUCAUUGUAGUAGUGAUAUAUGGAGCUACUUUGACAAUCACAGGUUCCAUGACCCCGGGUGCUCUUACAUCCUUCAUUCUUUACAGCCUCACAGUUGGGUCCUCUGUAUCUGGACUAUCAGGAUUAUAUACAGUUGCAAUGAAAGCUGCAGGAGCCAGUAGGCGGGUUUUCCAGCUUCUGGAUCGAGAAUCAUCCAUGCCAAAGUCAGGAAACCUGUGUCCAUUGGGUGGUGAUCAAGAUGGGGAAGUGGAGUUGAAUGAUGUCUGGUUCGCGUAUCCAUCCCGCCCAGACCAUAUGGUGCUCAAGGGUAUAACACUAAAACUGCAGCCUGCCUCCAAAGUUGCUCUUGUUGGUCCUAGUGGUGGAGGAAAAACCACAAUAGCCAACUUGAUAGAAAGGUUUUAUGAUCCAAUCAAUGGAAAAAUUCUGUUAAAUGGGGUUCCUUUGGUAGAAAUUUCACAUGAACAUCUGCAUAAAAAGAUCAGUAUAGUGAGCCAGGAGCCUGUUCUUUUCAACUGUUCCAUAGAGGAGAACAUAGCCUAUGGAUGUGAAGGUAAAGCAAGCAGUGCAGAUGUAGAAAAUGCAGCGAAAAUGGCCAAUGCACAUGAAUUCAUAUCGAAAUUCCCAGACAAGUAUCAAACUCACGUCGGAGAACGUGGAGUAAGGCUUUCUGGAGGACAAAAGCAAAGAGUAGCAAUAGCCAGAGCCCUACUGAUGAACCCCAAAAUUCUCCUCCUAGAUGAAGCCACAAGUGCUCUGGAUGCUGAAAGCGAGUACCUAGUGCAGGAUGCCAUGGAUUCUCUGAUGAAGGGAAGGACUGUUCUCGUUAUAGCACAUAGGCUAUCGACAGUGAAAAGUGCAGACACUGUGGCAGUUGUUUCUGAUGGUCAGAUUGUAGAAAGUGGCACUCACGAUGAGCUCCUUAGCAAAGAUGGUGUAUACACUGCAUUAGUAAGGAGACAACUACAAGGACCCAAAACUGAAAUUUAAUUUCAAACAUGUUAUGUAUAAUUAAUAUCACAGAUAGACCACAUGUGUAAGCAAGGUAGCAAUAGUGUUGAAUCCAACAAUAAUAUCAAUGCUUAUGCUAUACAUAUCCAUCCCACUCUGGCUGGCACAUAAAAUGUCCCGUAUUACUUGGCCAGAAUAUAUCCGGCAGGUUGUGCUA